GAAGAUAUCUUUCGCCAGAUUGUCUACAUUGGACUUUAUCUCUUUCAUAUUGCUGGAGCCUAUCUCCUGAAUCUGACCCAUCUUGGACUUGUUCUUCUGGUAUUGCAUUACUUCGUUGAAUUUCUUUUCCACAUAUCCCGUCUUUUCUACUUCAGUGAUGAAAGAUACCAGAAAGGGUUUUCACUGUGGGCAGUUCUUUUUGUUUUGGGAAGGCUUCUCACCUUGAUUCUCUCGGUCCUCACUUUUGGCUUUGGACUGGCAAGAGCAGAAGAUCAGCAGCUGAAUUUCAGUACUGGAAACUUUAAUAUCCUGGCUGUUAGAAUCAGUGUACUGGCCUCUAUCUGUAUGACUCAAGCAUUUAUGAUGUGGAAGUUCAUUAAUUUCCAGCUUCGGAGAUGGAGAGAGCAUUCUUCUUCUCAGCCUCAGUCAGUGAAAAAGAAGUUUGUAACAACUAAAGGAAAGACCUCCAGAAAAGAAAGAGAAAAUGGAAUAAAUGGAACAGUGACCUCAAAUGGAGCAGACUCGCCUCGUAGCAGGAAGGAUAAAUCCUCGUAAAACUGGGUUUUAUUAAGUUAAUUGACUAAUGUCCCCAAAGAAUCUGCUUUUUACAUGGAUGGCCCUUCAGCACUAGAGAUGUUAUGGAUUAAAGAAAAUACAAUUCAUGUUUUUUGAUUAUUGCUGUUGUUUUGAGAAACUUUUUUUAAAAGCCAUUUUGACUAAGAAAAAGGUUUAUCUGUCUUCAAAUACGGGGGGGGGGGGAAUAAAACACUUUUUAAAUAACAUUGACACUUUUUUAAACAUUUAUUGUGAUGAAUUAACUUCACUUAAUGAGUAUCACUGUUGCAAUGUAUUAUUUCCUUCCAGUUUUUGUAGUCUUGGUGGUGAUAUAUACUGUUCUACCAACUUCACUUUUCCCAAGUUCUUCAAGAAGUAUUGCAAAAUUGAAGUAAAAACUUAGUAUGCAUUUUCAGAUACUCUGGCUUUUCAGUUCAUUGCCUUGAUUCAAACUUACCGUUCAAAUUGGGAUUCCGAGACCACACCAAUAAAUCUCUUGAUUUUGUGGUUAUUAGCUAAACAAUGUCUGCUCUAAGAACUGCCCCGUAUCAUUAAAAAAACUGAACU